GUGCGCGAAUAGUUCAUUACUAUUGCGACUUUUUGUUUGUUCCGUGGAACUGAGUGGGCGCGAAUAGUGCGGGACUAUUGCUAUUUUUUGUUCCGUGGAACUGAGUGUGCGCGAAUAGUUCAUGACUAUUGCGACUUUUUAUUUGUUCCGUGGAACUGACUGGGCGUGAGUAGUUAAAUAUCAGAUGCCGCGCCAUUGUAACAAAGGUUUGCUUAUAGCCUGCUGGGGAAGUUGCUUGACUUGUGGAAGAGUGGUGCGGGUUCGAGUCCUGGCGGCAGCAUAAUUUUUUAUGAGCUUCUCAUCUGCUGGGCUGGGGCGGGACUGCAUCACUUAAACGGAGCGGGCCGGGGAUGCGACUUUGGGGCCGAUCCGCGAGUUGGGACCUCCGGGCGUGGGCUAGGGCCCAUGGACGCAGUGCUGCUAUGGCGCGGGCUAGGGCGGCAACCCAAAAGAGAGAGCGGAGCGCGCCGAGAAGUUGGAAGCAGUCCGGGGAGUAGGGAUGGCAACCAAACCCGAACCCACGGGUACCCACCCGACCCAACCCGGUCAACGCGGGGAAAAUCCGUGUUGACGGGUUUUGGGUUGGGUUUGGGUUUAAACCCGUUCACUAUUCACCGGGUUGGGUUGGGUUUGGGUUUAGGUAAACCCGACCCGUGGGUACCCGCCCACACAUAUAAUUAAUUUUCUCGGUAUAUUUAAUAUUUUAAACAACUAAUCUUAUUUAUGUUUGUGGAGACAUGUCUAAUUUUUUUCUUUCUAAUUGUGUAGAAUGAAGUUUGUGUUAUCGAGUGGAGAGUGAAGAAACUUAAUUGAAAGGAAGAAGCCUUCAAUUAAUAUGUUAUUUAUGGAUAAUUUAUGAUUUACUUCAAUUUUCUUGAGUUUUCUAGAUUGCGUUGAACAAUUUGUAUAGUUAAUUUGUGAUUUGCUUGAAUUUUCUAGAAUAGUGUUUUAAAUAUGGAUAAUUUGUAUUGAGAGAUUGAUAUUUGACUUUAAUUUUGAUAGGAACAUGUUAUUGUAAAUUUUUUACGACAAAAACCCGUGGGUACCCAUGAACCCGCGGAUACCCAGCGGGUUGGGUUGGGUUUGAGUUUUUCAAACCCAGUGGGUUUUACCCCGGGUUUUUUUCACGGAUAAACCCAUGGGUUUGGGUUUGGGUUUGGCAAAACCCGACCCAACCCGACCCAUUGCCAUCCCUACCGGGGAGUUGUUGUUGUCGCGCCACCGUUGUUGUUGUCGCGCGGCCGUUCUCUCCGUGGCGCUCCGGAUCUGGGUUUUUAUUUCAUUUUAACCCCUUUGUUUCUCGAUCGUCGGAAUGGUUUCUGCUUGCAGUGGUGGAUGGAAUCGUCGAUGGAGCCGGAAUUCCGAUCUUCCCCUUCUUAACUGCUCCGUUCAAGCCCCGGCGCCCCUUUAGUCGGCGACAAGUAAAAGUCACCGAGAUCUGGGUUUUUCUUUUCCUCGAUUUGCGUGCUAUCCAACCGGAGACGAGUGGAUUUGGUUUUCGGGAUCGACUUUAACUGGAUGUUGACGAUGCUUGCAGUUGGCUUGAGGAAGAGUCGUUUCCCGACCAAAAGUCAAAGACUUGGAUGGAGAUUUGGGUUGUUGUUGUUGUUUGUUUUUGGGUUUCCGACUUGGCCUCUGCCAUUUUUCUUUUUCUUCUUCCGAAGCUGUGAACCAGCGAACAUGUGGUUGUGUGGAAGAAUACACAAGCCACCACAGCCAAGGGAAGCUUGGUAUGAUGAUAUGGUGAAAGAGGUCGUAUCCUUCCAAAAGCUCUUUCCAAAAGCUCCUGGAACUUUCCCAGAUCUCUCUCUCUCUCUUUUUUUUUUAACUUUUCCCUUGCUGAUCGACAAUCACCUUUCUGGAGGAAGAAAGGGACUUGUGUUGAGGAAGGAAGGAAGGAAGGGAGAAAGCUUGGAUUCUCACUCUUGUUGAUGCUGCUGCUGUGCUGUUCUCUUUGCUCCUUCCUUUUCUUUUUUUUUCUUCCCCGCUUUUCCCUUUGUUAUUUUUACACUGCAACUACUAUCGAAUGGUGUUGAGACUUGAGAGUGGACGAUCCAUUUUCCUUCUCCCUUGGAAAUCGAACGAACAAAUGUUGAAAUCAUGCCCCACGGUGGGCGCCAAUUGUUUGUGCCAACUAGCUCGUGGCUGGAACAAUAAUGAUUGUUGGUGUGGGUUGACUCGUCAUCUGUUCGUCCGAUCUCGUCGGGAGGGAGAGAACCUGUGAAAGAGCCGGGGUUGCCCCCCGGAUUAAGCUCCGACGAUCAAGUCAGUGUAUGUUUGUGGAGAGAGUUGAGAGAAUAGAUAGAGAGAUCAAAUGUAGAGAGAUAGAUAGAAAGUGGAAAGUGAGGGGAGAGAGAGAGAAGUCCCAUUCUUUGGAGGGCUUCAAGCCCUUAUAUACCUGUAGCGGAUACCGAGUGUUGCCAUUGCUGAUUGUGCGCUCCAUUACUUAGUCUGUGCACGAAGUAUUUAGUAACACCCCCAACACUUUCAUUUUCAAAUCUCCAAGUUUUAUUUGAACAGUAAGAAUAUAACAAAAUUGUUCAAACUGAAUGGCAGUAAGUACUAAGGUAGUUUAGUGGCCUUGUUUAGGAGAGAUUCCUUCUAUGCUUAUUCAUAAAAAAAAAAUUAAGGUUCCCUAGACUUCUUUUUCAAUAAUUUUCUUUUUCCUAUUUUUAAAUUUUAAUCAUGUGGUUAAGCAUUAGUUAAUUCAGCUUGGAUCUUUGAUUUCCGUUGACUAAAGUCGGAGUGGUUAACAAGUGAUGCACUAACUAAAAAUAAUAAUGACCGAGAUUUUUAAAUUGAACUCCAUCCAAACCAAUCAAAUUACUAUAGUAUGUUAUAUGCUACCAUAAGAUGCAAUACUCUCCAUGUAAAAAAUGUAUGCACUAGCAAACUUCAAACUUAACAGAUGACAUUCAACACCAUGGAACAUAUAACGAUAGUUUAGAGUGGUGGUUGUUUUGAUCCGUUUCUUUCAAAAAAACAAUAUCAGUCAUAUAAAUGUUAGUUCAAAUUACCGAUUCUAAUCAUAAACCAAAUUAGCAUUGCAACCCAGCUAUUAAUCAUCGAAAUCACAUUUUAGUUUCCAAUUACCAUUUGAUAUAUAUCAUAAUAUAAUAAUAAUAAUAAUAAUAAUAAUAAUAAUAAUAAUAAUAAUAAUAAUAAUUCCAUUCCUACAUGUGAUAUGCGUACCCGGUACCACUAUCUUGUAUCUAUCACCAACCCACAAACCUUUCUCUUUGGUUCCCUCAAAACCACUAUUUCACUAUCACACAAAGAGAGCCAUAACACUUGCCACUCCCUCACUGCUUCCUUCUCCACACUUCCCUUUCCUCUCCAAACUCCCCACAUUCCCUCUUUGUUAUUAGCUCCUCCAAACAAACCCAAACACAGAAAGAACAUAAGAAAAGUAGAAAACCCACAUAGAUCUCUCUUCUCAAUCCAUGGAUUCAGCCAUGGAAGAGGAAAUCCACAACUUCAUCAAGGUUUGGGCAACCAUCUUCCUCUCCCUCUCCUUCUGCCACUACAUGGCCAAAAUCACCCCCAAGGGUCCCACCAGGCUCAUCUUCAUCGCCCCAACAAUCGGCCUCUUCCUCUGCCUCCCUCUCCGCCUCCACACCGUCCAUCUCGGCGGCAUGACCUCCUUCUUCAUCGCCUGGCUCGCCAAUUUCAAGCUCCUCCUCUUCGCCUUCGGCCGCGGCCCUCUUUCUCCUCCUCCUUCUUCUUACCCAAUCUCCCUCCCCCACUUCAUCGCCAUCGCUUGCCUCCCCCUAAAAGUGUCCCCGUCGCCAAAGGUGGACGAGAACAGAGUCCGUCCGCCGCCGGAGAAGAAAUCGCCGCUCAAUUACGUCGCCAAAGCUGCGAUCUACGUUUCCUUGUCGUGGGUGUACGAUUGGGGGGCCCACCUCCACCCGAAGUUCAUUCUAUUCGUCUACUUCCUCCACAUCUACUGCUUUCUGGAUGUCUCGUUGACGGUUUUCGGCGCGGUGGCGCGGGUCGCGAUCGGGUCGGGUCUCGAGCCGCCGUUCAACGAGCCGUACCUCUCGACCUCGCUCCAGGACUUUUGGGGCCGGCGGUGGAACCUCACGGUCAGCAGCAUCCUCCGGCCCGCGGUGUACGACCCGGCCCUGGCCCUGCUGGAGGGGGUUCUGGGCCUGAGGUGGGCCCGCCUCGCGGGGAUCUGGGCCACGUUUGUUGUCUCGGCCUUGAUGCACGAGCUCAUGUUCUUUUACUUGGGCCGGCAGAGGCCCACGUGGGAGAUCACGUGGUUCUUCAUCCUCCACGGCGCCUGCCUGAUGGCGGAGGUCGGGGUGAAGAAGGCCGCGGAGCACGGCGGGGUAACGUGGAGGCCGCCGAGGGUGGCGGCGAACGUGGCGACGGUGGCGUUCGUGCUGGCGACCGGGUUCUGGUUGUUCUUCCCGCAGCUGAUCCGGUGCGGCGUCGACGUCCGGGGGAUUGAGGAGUACGAGGCGGCCGGAGCGUUUGUUCGGGGGUUUUUCAGGGAGAGGUUUUCGGCGGCGAGAUGGACGGUUGGGAUUUGAUCUUUGGUGCGAGGCGCGAUGGAGGGGAAGCGUUGAUCGUGUGCUGUUGUAUUUCCCGGGGGGAGGAAUUUUUUAUUUUUAUACCUUCUUACAAUCUUACUCCUUGAUCUUUGUACGGAACUGUAGGAUACAGUAAAAAAAAAAGAUGCAUACGUUAAUUUUUGCUAUUGGGUUCGGAAUUACAGUAAGCCCGUCAGACCUUCUGCUGCAUUUUUAAGUAUGGGCUCAAAACCCAUCUAUGAAUUUGAAAGUUACAGAUUACGAAUUCGUCCUUAGAAGACUAUUCAGUCUCCACCCAUUAUGAAGUAUAUUUAUCGUCGAUUUGGGCGAAAAUUUUCCAGAUGGCAUUUUCUUUAUUUUUGGACGGUUUUUUCGAAAUACCAUUUUUCUUUGAUUUUGAAGACUACAAAUCGCAGAUUCAGCAUUAAGUUACUCUCUAUCCAAGAUGAAGUGAAGUUUAUUAAUCGCCAAUUUGGGCGGAAUUUUUUCGGGGCCAUUUUUGGCAGACUCCAAAAGUGUACCAUCACAGAUUUUGGACGAUUUUUUGAAAGACAAUUUUCUUUGGAUUUUGAAGGGUACAGAUCCUAUUCUCAAUGGAUGAUAAGUCCAUUAAGCACCGAUUUGGGCCAAUUUAUUUUCGGAUGACAUUUUUGUAAUUUUUUGGGAGUCGAAAGACCAUUUUCUUUGGAUAUUGAAGGCUACAGAUCACGGAUUCGCCCUGAGGCUAUUCUCCAACGAUGAUUGAGUCCAUUAAGCACCGAUUUGGGUGGAUUUAUUCCGGGUCAAUUUUUGGCAGAUUCCAGAGGGGUACCAUCACAGAUUUGGGGCGAUUUAUCUGAAAUGCCAUUUUCUUUCUAUUCUGGAGGCUACAAAUCAAGGAAUCAGGCUAAGGCUAUCUACACCGAUAAUGAAGUCUAUUAAUCCUAUUUUCUACGGAUGAUAAGUCCAUUAAGCAACGAUUUGGGCGAAUUUAUUUUCGGAUGGCAUUUUCGUAAUAUUUUGGUUGUUGAAAGGCCAUUUUCUUUGGAUAUUGAAGGCUACAGAUCAUGGAUUCGGCCUGAGGCUAUUCUCCAACAAUGAUUGAGUCCAUUAAGCACCGAUUUGGGCGGAUUUAUUCCAGGUCAAUUUUUGGCAGAUUCCAAAGGGGGUACCAUCAGAGAUUUCGGGAGAUUUAUCCGAAAUGCAAUUUUCUUUCGAUUUUGUAGGCUACUGAUCACGAAAUCAGGCCGAGGCUAUUCUCCACCAAUAAUGAAGUCUAUUGGUCCUAUUCUCCACGGAUGAUAAGUCCAUCAAGCACCAAUUUGGGCCAAUUUAUUUUCGUAUGGCAUUUUCCUAAUUUUUUGGGCGACGAAAGGCCAUUUUCUUUGGAUAUUGAAGGCUACAGAUCACGGAUUCCGCCUGAGGCUAUUCUCCAACGAUGAUUGAGUGCAUUAAGCACCAAUAUGGGCGGAUUUAUUCCGGGUCAAUUCUUGGCGGAUUCCAAAGGGGUACCAUCACAGAUUUCAGGCGAUUUAUUCUAAAUGCCAUUUCUUUUGAUUCUGGGGGAUACAGAUCACUGAAUCAGGCCGAGACUAUUUCCCACAGAUAAUGAAGUCUAUUGAUCUUAUACUCCACGGAUGAUAAGUCCAUUAAGCACCGAUUUGUGCCAAUUUAUUUUUGGAUGACAUUUUCGUAAUUUUUUGGGCGACAAGAGACCAUUUUCUUUGGAUAUUGAAGGCUACAGAUCACGGAUUUGGCCUGAGGCUAUUCUCCAACGAUGAUUGAGUCCAUUAAGCAACGAUUUGGGCGGAUUUAUUCCAGGUCAAUUUUGGCAAAUUCCAACGGGGUACCAUCACUGAUUUCGGGCUAUUUAUCCGAAAUGCCAUUUUCUUUCGAUUCUGGAGGCUACAAAUUACGGAAUCACGUUGAGGCUAUUCUCCACCGAUAAUUAAAUCUAUUGUUCUGAUUCUCCACGGAUGAUAAGUCCAUUAAACACCGAUUUGUGCCAAAUUAUUUUCGGAUGACCUUUUCGUAAUUUUUUGGGCGACGAAAGGCCAUUUUCUUUAGAUAUUGAAGGCUACAGAUCACGAAUUCGGCCUAAGGCUAGUCUCCAACAAUGAUUGAGUACAUUAUACCGAUUUAGGCGAAUUUAUUCUGAGUCAAUUUUUGGCAGAUUCCAAAGGGGUAACAUCACAGAUUUCGGGAGAUUUAUCUGAAAUGCCAUUUUCUUUCGAUUCUGUAGGCUACAGAUCACGGAAUCAGUCCGAGGCUAUUCUCCACCAAUAAUGAAGUCUAUUGAUCCUAUUCUCCACGGAUGAAAAGUCCAUUAAGCACCAAUUUAUUUUCGGAUGACAUUUUCAUAAUUUUUUGUGCGAUAAAAGGUAAUUUUCUUUGGAUAUUGAAGACUACAGAUCACGGAUUCCGCCUGAGGCUAUUCUCCAACGAUGAUUGAGUGCAUUAAGCACCAAUUUGGGCGGAUUUAUUCUAGGUCAGUUUUUGGCAGAUUCCAAAGGGGUACCAUCACAGAUUUCGGGCAAUUUAUCCGAAAUGCCAUUUCCUUUCGAUUCUGGAGGCUACAGAUCAUGGAAUCAGACCGAGGCUAUUCUCCACAGAUAAUGAAGUUUAUUGAUCCUAUUCUCCAUGGAUGAUAAGUCCAUUACACACCGAUUUGGGCCAAUUUAUUUUUGGAUGGCAUUUUCGUAAUUUUUUGGACGACGAAAGGCCAUUUUCUUUGGAUAUUGAAGGCUACAGAUCUGUAUUCGGCCUGAGGUUAUUCUCCAAUGAUGAUUGAGUUCAUUAAUCACUGAUUUGGGCGGAUUUAUUCAGGGUCAAUUUUUGGCAGAUUCAAAAGGGGUACCAUCACAGAUAUCGGGCGAUUUAUCCGAAAUGUCAUUUUCUCUCGAUUCUGGAGGCUACAGAUCACGGAAUCAGGUCGAGGCUAUUCUCCACCGAUAAUGAAGUCUAUUGAUCCUAUUCUCUACGGAUGAUAAGUUUAUUAAGCACCGAUUUGGGCCAAUUUAUUUUCGGUUGGCAUUUUCGUUAUUUUUUAGGCACGAAAGGCCAUUUUCUUUGGGUAUUGAAGGCUACAGAUUACGGAUUCGGCCUGAGGCUAUUCUCCAACGAUGAUUGAGUCCAUUAAGCAGCGAUUUGAGCGGAUUUAUUCCGGGUCAAUUUUUGGCAAAUUCCAAAGGGGUACCAUCACAGAUUUCGGGCUAUUUAUCCGAAAUGCCAUUUUCUUUCGAUUCUGCAGGCUACAAAUCAUGAAAAUAAGGCCGCGGCUAUUCUCCACCGAUAAUGAAGUAUAUUGAUCAUAUUCUCCAUAGAUAAUAAGUCCAUUAAGCUUCGAUUUGUGCCAAUUUAUUUUUGGAUGGCAUUUUCGUAAUUAUUUGGGCUACGAAAGGCCAUUUUCUUUGGAUAUUGAAGGCUACAAAUCACAGAUUCGGCCUUAGGCUAUUCUCCAACGAUGAUUGAGUGCAUUAAGCACCAAUUUGGGCGGAUUUAUUCCGUGUCAAUUUUUGGCAGAUUCCAAAGGGGUACCAUCACAGAUUUCGGGCAAUUUAUCCGAAAUGUCAUUUCCUUUAGAUUCUGGAGGCUACAAAUCUUGGAAUUAGGCAGAGGAUAUUCUCCACCGAUAAUGAAGUAUAUUGAUCAUA